AUGACUCUCGAUUCUUUAAGUGAAUCAAGUCUUCUUCGAUUAGAGCAAUAUUUAAGUUCUAAUCCAUAUCGAGAAUAUUCCAUGAGUAAACCAUAUGUCUCAAAAACAUCUCAACAUGUACCACAUUCAACUCGAUUAAUACCUGAGCAACAACCAUCAAUUUUUGCGUUUCAUGAAUUAAUGGACAAUCAAAAAGAUUCUUUAACACUUGAUCGUCUUGCUUAUAAACUUCGUAUGAAAUCUGAUUUAAAUAUUGAUACACUGCGAGAAAAUCAUGUAAGACGUCGACGUCAUCGACACCCUCAUAAUCCUCAUCAUCAUCAACAACAACACUACCAUCAUACGCAACAUCCACAUAAUCUAAAUCUAAAUGACACAGCAAGUUCAGUGCCUGCAUCAACAUCAACUAAAAACUUUGCAAGACAACCUACAGCAAUAACGAUGUCAACAAAUACAUUGAAAACUGUCAUGAGCGACGAUUUAACUGGUAUCGAAGGUAGUUCCAUACGUGUUGGAACACUCGAUGAUCUUAUAAAACAAUUUCGUCGGGCUGAGUUUCGUCUUGUUCGUCGACCAGCUGAUUAUUUAGAAAGUGCAUCAACAUUUUUAUCGAGUAAUGUCUCAACAAAUGAUCGUCCUGUAGUAAUAAAAUCACAUCAACAUCAUGAACGUCAAUUAAAACAACCACAGGCUUUAACAGAAUAUCGUUUUAAUGCUCCAACAUUCCCAACGACACCAUCACGAACACAUCGCGAACCAACAAUUCAUCCUGGACUUAUCUAUCAAUAUAGAACACGUGAACGACUGAAUAAUACUGAUCUACCUUUAUUAAAUCGUCAUUCGCCUUAUACUCCUCAAGAAGGUCGCCAAAGAUUUAAUUCGCUUAUUAUUCAAGAACGACAAACAACGGCCAUGAGUUCACAUGAUAAACGAGUCCAAGAGUUACGCGAGAAAAGUUUAAUGCGUACAGAAAAACAAUUAUGCGUUUGUAAUAAAUUGACCAUUGUCGAUCCAUUUAAUAAUUCUUUUGAACAAAAUGAAGCAAGUUUACCUCAUCUUCAACAACAACAUCAUCAUCAUCAUUCACAACAACAACAACCCGCAGCAAAUUAUAUAUUUCCACCUGUACGUCCGUUUGGCUAUUUUACUAAAAAGUCAACAACAACAAACGAUGAUGCACAACAAUCAGCAUGGAGUCCACCACCUCCAUUACGUAUUAGGAAAAAGCCUGAUCAAAAAAAAAGACAACGUAAAAUGUCAAAAAAUUCAUCAGAUUCUUUUGAUAAAAUAGAUCGUAUUGAAGGAAACGACGACAAUAAUAAUUCACAAUUAUUCAAUGAUACAGUUAAAUCAAUGGUUAGUUUAACUGAUAUUGAUGAUGAACUAAAUAACACAAUCAAUUCAGUAAUUCAUAUUGAUAUAAAUAGGUCUGAUCUUAUUGUCGAGAAUGUUGAUCGACAUGAUAAAAUGUAG